AUGCGAGUUCACUCCAUCUCGCUCGUAGCUGUAGCAGCGACCGUAGUAUGUCUCGACAGGCCGUCAGGGAUAUCCGGUUUGACCAUCAAAAAUGAUGAUCAUGCUGGUCCGAAUCCAACUCGCGACAACCCCGAUACGGUCGUCGCGACAACGGGAGUGACACCUUCGGAUGCCAUGGACGAGAGCAAGACGAUGUUCAACAGUGCAUGGAUUGAGCGAGUCAGUGCGGUCGUAAGCGGUUCUCCCCUAUCCGCGUUGUGGAAGCUCCUGACGAGUGGAGGAAAAUCGAUCGCGGAGCACGAACGCGAAUUGCUCAGAUUGCCGACACACCUCUUCGACCCGUCUCCCAAGCUGACCGAAGCCCUUGUGAAACACUGGUACGCAGAGAACAGAGACAUUGACAAACUGUGUGAGUCACUGAAGCUGUCCAGCGCCACUCGCGACCCGACCGCUUUAUUUCGAGCUGGCGAUUACCGAAAGAUAGAGGUGCUACGUUCCUACAUUGAGCACGUCAAUAAGAGGAAAGGGAGCAACCAUGAGCUAAUCAAGACGCUGAGGAAGAACUUGAGUGACUCGAGUCUGUCAACGUUCUUGCUGGAUUCGAUUCGAUUCGGUGUUCCGGAUAACGCUGCUUAUGCAGCGAAACUGCAGCAAGAGAUGAUGGCAAGCUGGGAGAAGGAUGGGCUGUCCGCCGACAACUUGUUUGCAACGCUGGGAAUGGAGAAAAAAGGAAAGGAAGUCUUUGGCAGCAUGGAACUGUCGACAUUGGAACGAUACGUGGAGUAUCUCCAGGUGGAAAAUCUGCUGCUUCAUGAUGCAUAUGUUCAGCUUCGAGAUGGAACUGUGCUGCGCCAGGAUGAAUAUCAGCUGCUUCAAGGUGGAUAUAUGCGACGUCAAGGUAAAACUGUACUACACCGGAAUGAAUAUACGCUUCAGGGUGUAUAUGUGCAGCUUCGAGAUGGAAUUGUGCUAAGCCAGGAUGAUUUCAUGCUGUUUCGGGAUCAGCUUGUGCUGAACGCUUUGAUCAACGGUUUUAAGAGUGAACAGAAGGUUGCUAUGCUCGCUGGUGCAAGAAAUGGACACCAUCCGGAGGCUGGGGAGUAUCUGAAGGCGUUGUUGCGUCGAUGGAAGAUCCGCGAUAUAGCGCCGGAACGUCUGUUUGCGGCCAAGCACUUUGCGACGGAUCCGUCCGGAGACGCACGAACAAUGGAGGACUUCAUUUUCGACGCUUACCGCAACUUUUAUUUGACGGACGAGUCUUUGUCGGAAGUCUUGCAAGAUCUAAUACGUAGUCGCGUGCUCAGCUAG